CGGACGCCGGCGCUGCUACAUCCGCUGCCGAGGUGUUUUCUCUCUCCCCGGGAGAGUCACGAGCUCUUGCACGCCCAGGACGUGAGCCUGACUAGGUCCCGGCGCGACGCCAUGGAGGUAGUGGAGGCAGCCGCCGCUCAGCUGGAAACUCUGAAGUUCAAUGGCACCGGCUUUGGGGGUGACCAAAGUCAGGCGGAGGCGUCUCCGGUGUCUAGUGCUCCCCCAGAGUCUCGGCCGCCAGUCCAGCCGGAUGGGGAGACCCCCGACACUGGGCAGAUCACGGAGGCUCAGCCCGCAGAGGAGCAGCAGCCUCAGGUCGCGGGGAGCUCUGUAGGCGCCGGGGGUCCGGCGCUGCCGGCCGAACCGACACCCGGCGGGAACUGCGUCACCGGUCUGGGCGCCGCAGAGCCGCCACGGGCCUCAGGCUCCUUGGGAACCUCGGACUCGGACUCGGAUUCGGAUUCCGACAGUGAGACAGAUUCUGAUAGUUCAAGCUCCUCUUCUUCCUCAUCAUCUUCCUCAUCCUCCUCACGUGUAUCACUUCCACCAGUGCUAUCAGAUGGAGAAGAUGAUUUACAAAUUGAGAAGGAAAAUAAGAAUUUUCCACUUAAAACAAAAGAUGAGUUACUUCUUAAUGAACUACCUUCUGUUGAAGAACUCACUAUUAUUUUGCCUGAAGAUAUUGAAUUGAAACCUCUUGGGAUGGUUUCAAGUAUUAUUGAACAAUUAGUAAUAAUUGAAUCAAUGACUAACCUACCUCCAGUUAAUGAAGAGACUGUCGUUUUUAAAAGUGAUCGACAGGCAGCAGGAAAGAUAUUUGAGAUAUUUGGACCUGUUGCACAUCCAUUUUAUGUGUUACGGUUUAAUUCUUCGGAGCACAUUGAAAGUAAAGGUAUUAAAAUAAAAGACACUAUGUUUUUUGCUCCAUCAAUGAAGGACUUUACCCAGUAUAUAUUCACAGAAAAACUUAAGGAUAGGGGAUCAGAUGCAUCGUGGAAGAAUGACCAGGAGCCGCCGCCAGAUGCCUUAGAUUUCAGUGAUGAUGAAAAGGAAAAAGAAGCCAAACAAAGGAAAAAAUCUCAGGUGCAAGGUCGGAAAAAAUUCAAAUCUGAAUUUAAUGAACCAGGUGAAGAUUUUGCAGAAGUACAUCAGAACUGGAGUGCUCAGGGCUCUGCUUCAGAGCCCGCCAAAGGAUUUCGCAACCGAGAAUUCACUCGAGGAUUUUCCCGGGGUAGAUACCCUGGACCUUGUCAUGGCAGACCCCCACCUCCGCAGUUUUAUAACCCAGAGCAUGCGGUAUCUCAGGAGACUUUAGGAUUCCCACCUCAGAGACAAGAUAAUCCCAUCAUGCCUCAGUAUCCCUUUCCUCCUCCAGCCUUUGACAUGCAUACGUUUUCACUCCCGCCUCCCCCACCUCCUCCACCGCCCCCACCAGCAGCUUUAAACGUGGGUUGGGCCGCGCAGCCCCUGCUCCCCAUGCCCUACUCCCUGCCCCCGCCGCCCCCGCCACCCCUGCCGCCACCCCCUUCUUCUGGAGACAGUAAUUCCCAUUUUGGGUCGUACUAUUAGGCGGAUUAGAUAAAUGUAUGCAUUUCCAGAAAAAUGUAGAUUUUUAAUAUUGUGUAGGAAGGAUUUUGUUUUUUAAAGAAAGCGAUUUACAGAACUGGAUUUUUAAAACAUUGUAAAGUACUAAAUGAGUCCAUGAUUUGUAAGUUUAUAUUUGUAACCUUAGUGAAGAUGUAUCUAUAUGAAAACCACUUCAAAUUCAUGGAGGGAAAAUUCAAAUGUGUGAUGUUUAAAACUUUGCAUCUAUGCUUUCCCGUCCUUGCCCAGUUAAAAGACGCAUAGGUCUGAGAAUACAUCUGCAGCAACUUUCAUCAUGGAUCCAGACAUACCAAGCACAUUAACUGACUUGGUAUAUUUGAAAAUACGAUAUUAAAGAACUGUUCGAGUCUUUAAAAUAAACUAUUUUUGUAAACUUUGGAAAUUUGAUUAUAAAUUCAGUUUAUCAGUUAAGUUUAAAUAUCUUAAUUUUUUUGUAAGCAAGUGAAAGAGGCAAACCUUAUAUUGACAAAAGAGAUGACUAUAAUUUAAAAAAAUAUGUAAUUAAAGUAAGCUUUCUAUUAUAGAUGCAGGUUUUCAUUGUUUGGAUACGAGUCAGAGUUUACCAUUUAACCACUUAAAGGGAUAUAGGAACUGUUUACAAUGAGGUAUCAUUUAUUCACAAAGUGUGUUUAACUCUGUAUUAAGAGACCGCGUCUCCCAUGUCUGUCUCCCAGAUUCCUGUAUGUGUGGCACAGAUUAGGUGCUUAGUGUUUAUUGAAUGACUCAUUGAAUUUAGAGUUUUUAAUUAAAUGUCUAGUAAGUAUUUUACACCAUGACAUGUAAAUAUAAGAAAAGUUCAGAAUUUUAGAAAUAGAAGCCUUAAGAAGUCAUCUAAAGUGGUCCUCAUUUAAUAAAUAUAGAAGAACCUGAGGAGUCCAACAAAGAUAAGUAACACUACUCAUUGAGAUGACAAGGACAUCCUAGUUCUCGAGUCUCAGGUCAGCACUUUCUACUAAAUUGGUGCUUUUUGAUCUGUCAUUCUGUGACACCCUCUUGUGUUGUAUUUUUUUUUUAAUUAUCUUCAAUUAUUUUUGCAGCUUUUCUUUGAAGUUGCCUUCCUUAAUUAUACAGUCCUGUGAAUGACCAGAGUGUUAAAAGUUUGGUGGUGUCUAAAAGCACUCAAAAACCCAAAAAGCAAUUUUCUGCAAGAACGGAAAAAAAUAAGACAUUGCCAUCUAGUUAUGGUGAAUCUGCAAGCUUUUUGAAUCACUAUGGCGGUUAGGAAAUCUUUCAGUCUCUAAGAACUGAACAGUAAAUAUUUUACAAAACUGAAUGAUACCAUUUCAUCUCUUGCAUUUAAUUAAGUUCCUCCCUGAAACUCUGCAGUUCUACUUGUCAUCCUCCCUUCAGGACUUUCGAAAUUUGAGGUUACAUGGAUACUACCAGUACCAAACACCUAAGCUUUGAAUAGAUUAUUAAAAAAGCAUUCUUGGGCUUUAGCCUCAGAUUUUCACUUAGUAGCUCAGAGGAGAGUUAGCAAACUGGAACAGAGACAGGUGCACCUUGUAGAUAACUGCUUAUUCUGUUCAGCCCAGGCACUGCAAGAGAGCUAAUACCCCAAGCUAGAGUGUCACACCAACUUUCCUGCUCGCUGGAGCCUAGAAAAGUUAAGUUCACCUUGUACCAUAGUCUUUUAAGUGUGCAAGAAUGUGUGUCCUAAAAAGCCCUUACUUUAACGUGUGUCCUAAAGUACCUUACUUUAAUGUGCCCAGACCCUAAGUGAGCAUGUACUCUUGGAAAAUGGCACAAUCGCCUUGCUAGAUGCAGGGGAGCCUGGACCUUCCCGUUUGUGAGAAAUGCAGAACCUGAAGCACAAUAAAUCAAAAUUAAGUGAGCUAUGCCGCUCCCCCAAGGGGUUAGCUUCAGGAUUUAGUCUUCAUCAGUGGAGAAUUCAAGGUGAAUAUAUACCAGCUUGUUGGCCAUCUGCCUACUUUGGAGUUCUAGUGGGUGAGUGGUGGUGAUGUGAGAGUUGAUUAGGAAAAAGAGGGAAAGGAAACUAUAGCUGUUCAGAUGUAUCUAGCUUCUCACGUGGUUGUCAGAGCUGUCUUGUCAACUCCAUCUGUGUUUGGAGUUUUAAGAGGAGGAGGCGAAUCAUCUCAUUUGGAAGAGAAAUACUUCUAUUUUCAUCAUCUCCACCUUAAUGCUUCUAAGAUUGUGUGCUCCUAGAUUUUUAACUGCCAUUUAGUAUGAAGUAGAUCCAGUGUUCUACUCAGCUUCUCACUUAAGAGAAUCCUUUAUGUUAACCUUUUCCUACAGUAAUGUAUUGACAUUCAUGUGAUUGAAUGUGGGUGAUAUCUUUACAUCUUUACAACUACAGUUGUAAAUUUGGUGAAGUGAAAUGAAAAUUACUCCCUAAGCUAGCAUCUUUGUUUUACUAAGAUCAACAACUGUCUCCUCUCCCUUCUGUAGGAAAAGGGAGGGGUUGGUAUUUCAUGGUAAUUGUAUAACUUGUCCACUAUUAGAUAGUUAAAGAAUGGAUUUGAGAUUGUACAGUGGAGACCUGCAACAGAACGUAGUUUCAGGACUCACCAAAGGUCAUUUCUUAAAAUCCAUGUGUGCUCAUAUGUCGUUAAGUACCAGAUUGAAUGCCUUUGACUAGUAGACCCUAGUUAAUCUUCCAUAUCUGUGUCCAUGUAACUGGCCUUGAGGAUGUGUAAGGAAAGCACUGUGUGGACAGUGAGGGCUGUAGAACAAUUUCUCUUCCUGUUUUCUAGCUAACAUACCGGUUUACAUUCUAUCCUCUUUCACUCCUGUGCUUUUUUUCUUUUUUUAUUUCUUGCUUAGAGCUGGUGGAUAUUAAGUGCAUUAAAAGUUUCAGGAUGUUUGAUGAAUAAGAAAUGAGUAAUAUCUGAGUUUCAAUCUGCUGUAAUGUUAACCUGCUACAUAAAUUAGUAUUUAAAAUCCCCAGAUGCUUCUAUCUUGGUCUAUUUUUAAGGACAAGGUUUAAGAUAGCAGGUGUCAUUGAUAUGUCUGUUUAGUUUUAUAAAUUUACCUUUUUAAAUAUAGUACAAAGUUUUAUUUUGGAUUUUAUUACACUUCAGUCAUUUACUAAGCUUUUUCUGGCUUGAAAUUAGACGUCUUAGCUAGUAGCAUCUUAUUGGGGACACAGUUUGAGGCCCUUAAAUAAGCACUAGUGAUGAAAUCUUGCUUCUUUUGUUGUGUGAUAGCAAAGUAAAACGGUUAUCUGAUUUUGUGAAAGACCCCUCAAAAUUACAUACAUUUUGGCAUUUACCUGCUUAUCACAAUGGAGGACUGUAUAGGUAAUUGAAGUAAUGCUGGCUUAUAACACUUUGAUUUAGAGAUAUAGGAUCUUCCCCUUCAUAUAGUAUUUCACACCUCACCCCCCAAAUAGCCAUAGUUCACAUAGUCCGUUGUGCUUCCACUUUCAUCUCUCCCUUCCCCCCACACUGGUGGCCUCAGCUGUGUAGUCGGAUUUCUAGGAUUUGUUACUGGUUUGGCUUCAUUUGUGCCUUUAUUUUAUGUCUGUAUUGCACAUACGUGUGAUACCAUCUG